AUGGCAGGAAAAGAAUUAAGAAAAAGUGCAUCAAAUAAAUCAAUAGUAAAGAAACAAAAAUUAAUUAGUGAAGAUACUGCAACAGAAAUAGCAACAACUACAUCAACAGAUAAUAAUAAUAAUAAUCAUAAUGAUGAUGAAAGUAGUAGAGAACAGUUUUUAAUAUCUUUGGUUUUUAAACAGAGAUAUCUGUUGCGUCUGAUCAUGGAGAAAGUCAAGGAGUUAUCGAAUAUCAGAGGUUUGACACCGGUUAACUUUUUCGUCAAGAAACUGAUUGCACCCAACACUACACCUAUUACUCUUCCUGAAGACUACAAACUGUCUGGAAUCGCUCAAGUACCGGAUCGUCCCACUCCAAACUACGAUAUCCCACCAAAUGCACUGAGAUACAUGGAGAUCGACGACGUCAGUUGGAUGUGUCGCAACAAAUACAUCUCACUACUUCGUUACAAACUUGCGAGGAACGAACCUCUCAGACUCACCGAUGUCAACUCCACCUAUAAAACAAUAGUAACCGACAAACAGCUGUUCAAGCAACUGUACGAGCGAUUCCCAAAGAAUUUUACCAAUUCACUUAUACAUCUUGUAAAACAAGAUAUGACCAAAGAUAUGUUGGAGUUAAUAAUGAAUGAUUUGGUGCCGACCUAUGACAAUAUUAUCCAGAUAUUGCUCAUCUUAAUCAAAGCGAAUAACAUCGAGUUGGUCGAACUGAUGCUUACUUUCCACAUUCCAGUACCAAAAACUCAAGAUUUGGAAUUGAUCGAAUACUAUCAAACAAACUUUGGACUGGCUUUCAAUCGAAAUAUCUACGACAAAUACCUCUUCAAUGAUACCAACAAUAAAAAGACAAGCAACGCAGAAGCAAUAGAGAGAAACGAACAAACCAUUGCCAAAGUCAUGGAGAUUCUCAACAAGAAGAAAUCGAUUAUUGAGAAUAAUCAACGAUUGGCAGAGUUGGAAAGAUCGAAAUAUGGAAAUGGAGGUGUACCCAUCACUGAAUCAGAUGUUAUCAAUAUGAAUGGAUAUAUGAUUCGAUACUAUCCUUUUGUUAUGUUGAAUCAAGAACCUUUCUUGCCAGAAACCGACCAACAACUUGGUAUUGUCCAAUUCUUGUUCGAGGAAAUGAAGGACCCAAUCAACAGACAGGCAAUGACGACACUCUUUUAUGCAAUCUCCAAUGGAUUGAAACAAAUCACCAAUUAUAUCAUCAAUAACCUGGAUGUCUCAAAUUAUAGCUAUUCCUAUAGUUAUGAAACACUCAAAUGUAAAUGUAUGUGUGCGGCCAUUCAAACGAAACAAUUUGACGUUGUCGAUUUGAUAUUCGAAAAGUGGGGAAAGAUUUUCAAAGAGAAUGAAGUUCUCAAUAUUAUCAGAACAUCCGAUUCAUUCGCAGCACUUCAAUUAUAUAUCAAACACUUUCCAAGUGUCACAUUGGGAUCUAAAUUCAAUUGUACCAAGGUUGGCUACAUGUUGGACAAUCUUCAGGCUGAGGAAUUUGGAAUCAAAUGUGACAACAUUGACAAGAAUCUCGACUUUUCAAGAUGUGGACAAUACGGUCUUAUUUCAAUCAUCACUGCCUAUCUCAACUACAAGAAAGAUAAAUUCAACACUAGUAACUUGGAAGCUGCUUUGUAUGGUGCCGCAAACAGCAACCAAUUGAAUUUCCUCCAAGAAGUUCACAAGCUGAUGCCCGACUACCGAUUCAAAAUGACUACUCACAUCCGUGGUGUCAAAGGAAGAAACAAAACAACCGUCCAAUAUUUCAAUGAAACAUUUAAAUUACAAACAGAAAAACCAACAAAAAAGAAGAAAUAA